GCAAAGAACCGAGUCGCUUGCGCACGACACAACACUGUUACGAGUCAAACGGCGCUUGUUGACGGAUGUAAACCUUUGUUUAGCGAAUCCUGGUUAUCGGCAUGACUGCGUGCGUCGACUGUAGCUAGCUGACCCGUCUACACCUUUACAUUGUGCUGCUGUGACUGCUGUUCCGUGUUCUCAGACCAGAGGGAUGAUUGGAACGCUGGUGAACAUCCGGAGAGGAGGCCGCUCUCCACCAUUGAUCAUGGUCGCCCUCGCCGCUUGCAUCCUCCUGUUCGGCUUCAACUACUGGGUUUCCAGCUCCAGAAAUGUGGCGUUACAGACUAAGCUGAUGGACCUGGAGGAAGCCAUGAGGCGGGUGUCGGCCGAGAGGGCGCGGGAGCAUGCGGGCCGCACCGAGGCAGAGGGACGAGUGCGAAAACAGACAGAACAAUUGGCUCUGCUGGAGGGAGCUCACCAGAGACGGCAACAGAGCGCCCUGAGCGUGUGGAACCAAGAGAAGGAGACUCUACUGCUCAACAUCUCUUCCAACGCUAAAAGUGUUCAGGAUAUGAAAAACCAGAUGAAGAGUCUGCGUGAAGACCUCAGUAAUGUGCAGAAGUCGCUGCAGUCAUGCCAGAACAACAUGAACACACUGAAUAAGAAGCUCACCUACGACAUGACUCAGUGUAACACCCAGAUAUUAGCUCAGAAGGAAGAGUGUAAUGAAAAGGUUGCAGCAGCUAAACUGGAGGUGGAGAAGAAAUACAAGCAGCAAAAUGCAGCUGCACCUGUUGUUCAGGCUUCCUCCGACUCCACUCAGAAAGCAGUCGCCUCUAAAGUCGUGUCAGAAGCUCUCGGUGGAAAAGACUUAUUCCGGAUAUCCAGAGAUUCCGGAGAUCCACAGAAGAAGGAACCAGCUCCAGAAACAAAGACCAAAACUGAGGAGCACCUUGAAAUCGAUGAGAUCCCACAAGACGAAGCUGUUAAAACACUGAAUGAUUCAGACAAGUCACACUCGCCAUCCACCCCAGUACUGUCCGAUGGCAACAAGACCCUGAACAGCCUGACCGAUAAAAUGGAAGAAAUGAUGGACAUUAAAGACGGAGACUUGAAGGAUGCAGACGCUGCAGCAGUCAAUAAAAUGAAGGAAGAAGACGCCAUCGAAUACGACAACGAAGGCGAGAUCGAGAAACAGCUGUCUAAACUUAAAGACGAAAAAUCGAUGCAGGAGUUCGAGGAGGAGCUGAACGACUACAACGGCGAUGACGAGAACGAACCAGAGUUCGAAGCUGACAAACAAGCAGAGCUUGCUGAGGUCUAAUACAUGUACACACACACACACACACACAUUUACACACAGAAAGAGAGGCUCACACUCGUGCCUGGUGAUGGAGGUCAUUAACCCUCCAUUCAGUUCCUGCUGGGCUACAAGAUCCUUGGAUCGCUUAACUAUCGUCUGUAUGAUGGCGUACAGGCACAGAAUUUACAUCGUCCAGUUCUGCUGGCGUUUCUCCUCACGUCUGCUGAGGCUCUUACUUGCAGAUGCACGUGAAGACUUUUAAACAUAUCACAAAUAUCACCAUGUUCAAGUGGGACUUAUAAAGCUGAGGUCUUUUAUUGUUUUAUUCAUUACAUUACACUGAAUGCAGACUUGUGGAAGUUUCACUCAGUCAAAUCUCUUUCUCAAACCGCUCACACCGGUUAGAUGUAGCAUACAAGAACCGCUGCCAAGUAAAAGUUUUGUACUCAAAGACCGCUGGAAAUAGGGAACACAAAAAUUCGAAACUUUAAAAAUCACAGGUUUCUAUGCCAACGGAUGUCACGAGCUAAGCAAGGACGUAUUCGUGUUUACGUUAAUGCACUACACACACAUCGGACUGCAGAGAGUAUAGUAUAAAAAUGCUGUUUUGAGACCGCUCAAGAACUGUCUAUAUUGCUAGCUAGAGUAUGUAAGAAAUUAAACAAGACAUGCUAAAUGAAAUUUUUUUACCACAUAAUGCCAUAGAAAUUUGGCAACAAUUAAAACAUUUUUAUCAAUUAAAAAAAAUCCCUUUUUUAUCCAUGUGUAUGACAUUGGAUGUAUGUUAUAGCAGCUAAACCACCACAUCCCCAUUGGGUUAAUUAAACAUCUUAAAGUGUAAAUAUGUGCUUUGUAAAAAACAUUUUUGUUCUAAAUAUAUUAUAAGGCUGUUUUUGUAUAGAAAUCCACUUCGGGUCAGUGUAGAAUUCUUUUAAAUGAUAUUUUAGUUACCGCUCAGUCCAGAGGAGCAGAGGUUUGAUGGAUGAAAACUCCCAUAAGCUAAGUGUAGAUCUUUCUAGAAUUCAUGCUAAUCUGAAUGUAUGUACAUCUGAUCUAAGAAUGGCCUUUAACUUAUUCUUAUUUUGCUCAAAUCAGUAACAAUCGUGUUGAUCGUAUGCUUGUUUAGGACAUCUUUUAGAAUCAGAAAUUGAACUGUAUUUAGAGCCAGACUUUAUAUCAGGGACUUUCUGUUGUGUUUUUAUGUUCUGAUUAAUAAUUGUCAAUAAAAAUCUAAUACCCAAUAA